AUCAACAACCUGAGCGCGCUGCUGUAUGCAAAGGGCGACCUGGACGGCGCGGAGCCGCUUCUUCGUGAGGUGGUGGCGGGGUUCCGCGAUACGCUCGGUGACGGGCACCCGAGCACGCUGAGCUUCAUCUACGGCCUCGCGUCGCUGCUGCAGGAGCAGGGGAAGCUCGGCGAGGCCAUCCCUCUCUUCCGUGAGGAGCUGGAGGGGUGCGCGGCGCGGUACGGGGAGGAGCACAAGGAGACGCGCGGCUCGGCCCGCAACCUCAUCGAUCUGCUACGGGAGGCGGGGAGGCGGGAGCGCAAGGCCGCGCGGUUUGUUGAGGCCGACGCGCUGGCUGCCCAGUACGAGCUGGAGUGA